UUAACAAUUGGCGCGUAACAAACGUGACGUCGUGACGCACGCAGACAACAACAAAGGUCGAUGGAUAAAUGGAGCGUGGAAGUUUCUCCGCGGCGGCGACGCUGAAGCCGGAAUGAGCGAUCCAGUCAAACGCUGCAAACCGUGAAGGUGGGCGCUGAUCUCCACGCGUUAAAAUGAUUCGCAUAGCAGCACUGAACGCUGCCUCGACAGCUGCAGACGAGUCUCAAGACCCGCUGCGGAGUAACAAGAGUCAGACAAAAGAGGCUCAGGAAGCUGAAGCGUUCGCUCUGUAUCACAAAGCUUUAGAUCUGCAGAAACACGACAAGUUUGAGGAGUCUGCCAAAGCUUACCAUGAGCUCCUCAAAACGCCGCUGCUCAAAGAGGCGAUGCCCUCGGACGAUCACAGAGUUGGUCUCAAGCAUCCCGGACUGAUGUUGAAAUAUUCAACUUUUAAAAACUUGGCGAGUAUGUCAGCGACGCGGGACGAUCUGGAGACCGCCAUGGAGUUUUAUCUAGAGGCCGUCAUGUUGGACUCCACCGACGUCAACAUGUGGUAUAAAAUCGGUCAGGUAGCCGUGCGACUCGUGCGUAUCCCUCUGGCUCGACACGCCUUUGAGGAGGGGUUACACUGUAACCCGGACCACUGGCCCUGCCUGGACAACCUCAUCACGAUCCUCUACACACUCAGUGACUACACCUGCUGUCUGUACUUCAUCGCUAAAGCUCUGGAGAGGGAUCACUGUUACACUAAAGGUCUGGUGCUGAAGGAGAAGAUCUUUGAGGAGCAGCCGUGCCUGAAGAGGGACACCAUGCAGAUGUUCACCAAAUGCGACAUGUCCGUUCACUACGUGGAGGUGGAGAAAGAGGAGCGCGAAGCCAUCGUGGAGGAGGCGCUAGACAUGAGGAAGCGGAGACAGGCGCUCUCUCGACCAGAACCACAGCCGGACCUCGUCCUGAUCCAGCCAAUCCGCUGCCUCUCGUGGAAGCACGUCGGUGAAAGCCUUCUCGCCAUGUACAGACAUCAGACCACCUGUGAGCCUCCACGCCCGAGCCUCGGUCGCAGAAUCGACUUGUCGGAGUACCGCGACCCAAACUUCCUCCAGAACCUCCCCCAGCCCAGCAGCCCCGUCAGUAUGGGCCAGACCACGGUGCUGAGCAGCAGCCCCAGCUCGUCCCUGCCGCCGAUGGCCUUACCUGAGCCGGCAGCUCUGCCCCAACCCGGCGUCCAGCCUCCAAUUACACCCAGCCAGACCACGGUGGAGGUCACCACGUCUGCGCCGCCUGUUGUGACAGCGAUGGAAGUGUCGCUGACAGAUAAAGUUAAGAAAGCUCCAAAGAGGAAGCGUGUGGUCGAAGAUAGCGGAGAGACGGCGAAGAGACGCUCGGCACGUGUUCGAAACACAAAAUGCAAGAAGGAGGAGAAGAUCGACUUCCAGGAGCUGCUGUUUAAAUACCUUCCCUCCAGGUUGAAGAAGUUUGAUCCUGAUAACGACGACGAGAGUUUGAGUAACCUGGAGCCGCAGUGUGACGGGAAGGAGGACAUGCAGCCGCUGCACGGCAGCUGUUUGCCCGUCGACUCAGUCGAAUACAUGGAAUCUGAGCAACAGGACGUCCACAGCUUCCUGCUCAAUAACAUGACAAACGGCGGCAUACUGGAGCUGAUGAUGCGCUAUCUGAAGGCCGUGGGUCAGAAGUUCCUGGAGGAGUGGCCUCGGGGGCUCGCCACCGUGGUGCUGGAGGUCUAUCAGACCUGGAGGAAGCACAGCAGUGGACUUCCUAACCCUCUGCUACGUGACUGCAGCAACCAGCACAUCCGGGAAAUGUUGGCGAUGAGUUUGGCCUGCAUGGAGCUGCAGCUGGAACAAUGGUCCCACAACAAAGGGAAGACUGUGUCUCCCAGAAGAAGCAGCAGCAGCAGCGUCGGUCCCGGCGGUGAUGCCGCUGAGUCCGAGUUCCCCGGGCAGCACUUCCAGGGCGAUCUGCUGCUGCUGGCUUUAGGUUCGUCGCAGAAGGACCUGUUUGAGGACGGCUGGCUGGACGUCAUGGUGCGCGUCUACUGGCUGAAGGCACGCUUCCUCGCCCUGCAGGGAGACAUGGAGCUGGCUCUGGAGAGCUACGACGUCUGUACAGGCCUGCUGCAGAGCAAACCAAAGACCCCUGAAGGGAAACAGUACACCAUCAGUCUGCCUAAUCUGCGUGCAGAUGCAGCCAUCUCUGUGGAGGAGAUUGACAAGCGGCUGAAGUCUCUGGAGCGUUGUCAGUCUCUGGAGGAGAUCCAGCGUCUCUUUGAGGCUGCAGACUUUGAGUCUGUCGUGCGCCUCCUGCAGCCCACGCUGAAUUACGGCAGCAGGAGUAAACCUCUGGAGUUCGUGAGCUCAGCACCAGAGCGACCUGCUCAGCUGAUGCUCCUGCAGAACUCGCUGUUGAAGAAGGAGGACCACCAGCAGUGUUUGGAGUGCAGCGAGCUGGCUCUGAACGAAGCCCUGCAGCAGCUCAACUCGGCUCCAAACACCUCCCCGCCCACUAAGGAGGAGUGGGUCAGCACCAUCGUGAAGCUGCUGGACGGCAUCGAGGUCUGCUUCACCAAAGACUCGGGCCUGCUCAGCAAUGUGCCGCACUUCUCCAGCAUGGCUCGCCUGGCAAACAACCUGAUCCAGCUGAUCGAUCUCAGCAUGAGCGUUUCCGACGAUCCGAAGGAGCCGUACUUCUUCUCGGUCGUGCCGUGGAUCAUCCUGUAUCGCGUCAUCAAACACGAGGAGGCUGCGUUCGACUGCAUGCUCCGACAGCACAUAUCUAUCGGGGACGAUGAAGAUGACUCGGACACUCCCAUGCUGCCCUCCUCCCUGAUGCUUCUGAACACGGCUCACGAGUAUCUGGGACGUCGAUCUUUGUGCUGCAACUCAGACGGCGCUCUCCUCAAGUUCUUUGUUCAAGUUUUGGAAAAAGAACUCGCAGCUUCGUCCAAGAACGACUCUCAUCCGUACAAAGAGGAGCUGGAGAUGGCGCUGGAGCAGUGCUUCUUCUGCCUGUACGCCUACCCCAGUAAGAAGAGCAAGGCCCGCUACCUGGAGGACCACUCGUCUCCACAGGUGGAGCUGCUGUGGUCCGACGCUCUCUUCAUGUUCCAGUACUUCAAACCGAAGUCGCUGCCCGAGUUCGACAGCUACAAGACGAGCACCGUGUCCGCAGAGCUGGCCAAUCUGCUGAGGAGGUUCGCUGGCAUCGCCCCCACGAGCGACGCCCCGACCCUCACCAUGGAUGAGGUGGCGGCCUACAUCGAGGGCAUGACGGAGAAGGCCCCAUGUCUUCCUGAAGGCAGCGCUCCUGCUCCUCCAAUCAUUGAUGAGAUCUACUACCUGGUGGCUGAUUAUCACUUCAAGAACAAGGAGCAGUCUAAAGCCAUCAAGUUCUACAUGCACGACAUCUGCGUGUGUCCCAACAGGUUCGACUCCUGGGCCGGCAUGGCUUUAGCCCGGGCGAGUCGCAUCCAGGAGAAGCUCAACUCCAACGAGCUGAAGAGCGACGUCCCCAUCUGGAAACACUCGCAGGCGGUGCUGAAUUGCUUCAAGAGGGCGCUGGAGAUAGACGGCUCCAACCUGUCCCUGUGGAUCGAGUACGGCACCAUCUCGUACGCGCUGCACACGUUCGGUUCUCGCCAGCUCAAGCAGUGGCGCAACGAGCUCCCGCCAGAGGUGGUGAAACAGAUGGAGGAAAGGAGGGACUCCAUGUUGGAGACGGCGUUCCAGUGUUUCCAGGGAGCUUCCCGUUGUGAGUGUGACAGUGAUGAAGAGGAGUGGCUCAUUCACUACAUGCUGGGGAAGAUCGCAGAGAAACGCAAACAGACUCCAGUCGAGUAUCUGCAGCUGUACAAGAAGGCUGCACACUACCUGCACGAAGAAGCCGCAAGGUACCCCCGAAAAAUCCACUACCAUAAUCCACCUGACCUGGCCAUGGAGGCUCUGGAGCUGCAUUUCCGUCUCAGUGCCACCAUCCUAAAACUACUCGAGGCUAAUGAGCCCGAUCUGGAACACGAGCUCUUGUUCGGCCUCCUGGUUGAAGCAGCGACCGGGCCGUUCGCCAGAGGCGAAGAGAAGAGCAUGCCGAGCAUGCCGAGGUCCCACGAGAAGGAGAAGCCGCCCUCCAUGAUGGACGAAGACUUUAACUGCUCCUCGGUUUGCAUAGCGAACGCCCUCAGCUCCUCCCUCCCCUCCGCCGCCACCCCAGGUCUCAGCUCCCCUCCUUACAUGGCCACGCCGUUUGACCACGAUUACGCCAAACGCAAAACACUCCGACGGCAGCAGUGGCAGCAGCAGCGGCAUGAGGAGCAGCAGGCUGAUGCCUCACCAGAGUUUGACCAUGAUUACUGCCUGCCCAGGUCUGCAAUGUGGCUGGCUUCCCUGAAUGAGCGCAGUCAGGACAGCGAGGUGGUGAUGCUCUCCGACUCAAACUCCACGCAGGACGCCUUCACGGAUCCGGCCAGCUCGCAGGACAGCAGCCACAAGCCGGCUUCGGGGAAAGCGAGCUCGUCGUCGUCGGAGAGCACGACCCCCGUGAAGGACGGGCAGUCGGCGUCCGAGGACACAGUGUCACAUGGAGAACACGGCGGCAUCCAGACAGAAGAGAAAGUCAUCCAGGAGGUCGUGGAGUCGGUCGUGGUGACGCUCCCCGAGGCCUCGGCGCCCAAAGUCCCAGCAGACCCGUGUCCUCACCCUCUGCCCGUCCCGGCCACCCCUCCGAAGCCGGCGGCGCCCUCUCAGCAGGCCGCCCCACAAACCCCGGCCAGCGAGGGGAAGAGGAAGCCGGAGCCGCCCGCCGCUGAGGUGAUCGAGGUGCCCAAAGCGCUGCCGGCCGAGCGCGCCGACCAGAGGAAGAUGCUGCUGGAGAUGUGCGUCCGCGCUCUCUUCCUCUGCCUCGGACGCUUCCCGCAGCACUACAAGAGUCUGUACCGCCUGGCCUUCUUCUACACCAACAGCAAGACGCAUCAGAACCUACAGUGGGCCCGAGACGUGUUGCUAGGAAGCAGUGUCCCAUGGCAACAGCUGAAGCACAUGCCAGCACAAGGACUUUUCUGUGAAAGAAACAAGACCAACCUGUUCAAUGGCAUCUGGCGUAUUCCAGUCGACGAGAUCGAUCGCCCGGGAAGUUUUGCGUCUCAUAUGAACCGAUCCAUUGUCCUGCUGCUGGAGGUGCUGUCUCAGCUCAAGGAUCACGACACUCUGCUGAAAGUCUCGUUCAUGCUGCAGAGAACCCCUGACCAGGGAAAGAAAUAUUUACGGGAUGUUGAUCGCCAGGUUUUGGCCAAGAGAGCAUUUUUCCUAACUGUAAAAGUCCUGGAGGACAAUCUGAACAGUCUCACAGGGGUGUCUGAGCAGCUUCACAAAGCGCCGGCGCCCUCCAUGGGGGAGAUGACCACAACAGACGCAUCCAACAGGCCCAGCUCAGAGGACGUCAAACAUGCACUGCCUAAGAAGCUCACAGAGGGAGCCUGUGCUGCUGAUUCAGGGCCCAGGGAAGCCGCCCAGGCUCAGCUCACCACGCCGCAGACAUCCGUAGAUAAAGGGAGUAAAGUUCAGGAGAGCUUCCCCGGGAAGGUGGAGACUUCUGGGAGUGAGGGCCGCAAAGAGGAGCCCAUGGAGCUGGACACUGGCAACUGGAGGAGGCCCUCUAUGACCACAGAUUCUCAGGGCAACCAGACAGAGGCGGUGACCUCCGUGGAGCUCCAGCAGAAGGUGGCUGACAGCAGCCGGACGCCGGAGCUGUCUCUGGAGGAGCUAAGCAUCAGCUCCAGGCAGCAGCAGCUCCAAGCGUCGGCGCCGAAGGUCACGGCGGCCGAUCAGGGGUCACUACGGAGGCCGAACAGGAAGAGGAAGCUCCUGGAGGACGUGGAGUCCGGAAAGACGUUACUGCUCGACGCCUACAGGGUGUGGCAGCAAGGCCAGAAGGUCAUGACCUACGACCUGGGGCGCAUCGAGAAGAUCAUGUCAGAGACGUACAUGCUCAUAAAGCAGGUUGACGAGGACGUCGCUCUGGACCAAGCUGUGAAGUUCUGCCAGAUCCAGUUGGCCACUUCUGCCCAAAGACAGUCCGCAGGCGACACACCGACCACGCCCAAGUACACCAAGGAGCACCGAGACAUCUUCUUCCCCGCCUCCCUGCCGACGCCCGUCCUCCUCAGCCACGCCGCCUGCCACCACCCUCAGCCCUCCUCCUCCUCCUCCCCCGCCCAGGACGGCCAGGCGGCGGCCAAAGCGCUGUACGAGCCGCUGAGCAAGCUGUCCAGACCUCAAGGAGCGAGCUUCCACGAGCAGACGCAGCAGCACCGGAGAGCAGGCGGCCACCCGGCUGCUGCUGCUGCUGCUGCUGCUGCAGCCAUGGCCUUCUUACCGCACACAGAGGACUGUGACGAGCCUGCAGAGGGACUCUCGUACCGGCAGCAGGAGUCACAUCUCUGUCAGCAGAUGAAGCUGGCCUCUGUGUCGCAGGGACAGGAGUCCGCCUCAGGCUGGUUCCAGGAAGAAACCGCCACAUGUAGCAGCGCACAGCCCUGUCCAGACCAGCAGCAGUACGCCAGCAGCGAGCAGUCGAAGCUUCCAGACCCAAACCGGAUCCGCUCCCGCGUCCCGCCCAACAUGCCAAAGCUCUUCAUCCCUUCCACCGUCACCAAGUUCCCGCCAGAGAUCACAGUAACGCCUCCGACGCCCACGCUGCUGUCCCCGAAAGGCAGCAUCUCCGAGGAAACCAAACAGAGGCUGAAGAACGUCAUCCUGUCGUCUCAGUCUGCAGCCACCGUCAAGAAGGACACGCUGAGCCAGCCGGCGCUCGAGGUGCAGGAGACGUCGAGCCAGGAGUCGUCUCUGGAGAGCGAGUCUGACGAGGAGGAGGAGGAGGAGGAGGAAGAGGAGGAGGACGACUACAUGGACAUCUGAGGAGCUCCCAACACGUCCCUGCUCCUGUCUCUGUCUCUGCUCCUGUCUCUGUCUCUGCUCCUGUCCCUCACGUGCAUUAAAAAGACUCCGACUGACAGCAGAUGCAGUAUUUAUCGUCACAGCAUGUCUGUAAUGUGCCAUGUUAUGCAGACGACCGACCGACCGCACUCGAGCCUUUCACGCCGAGCGCUCCCGCGUUUAUGCAUCUUUUUUUUUUUGUUUGUUUGUUUCAUCUGACCGGCAGCAUGCGCCGACGUCCUCGGCUUCAGACUUUUUACUUUGGCAUGUUUCAUGGCGGCGAACACGGAGGUGAACUCGGGACAAUCGGCUCGCCACCUGUAGCAGAUUGGAAAUGUUUACACUUUAACACUUUGGGGAUGUUUUUCAGUCAGCACUUCAAGUUUCUUUUGUAUUUCUCGUAACGUUUCUGUCCUCGGUGUGCAUUUGUAGCGAAGAGGAACAGGAGGACGUCCCGUCACACCAGCACUGAUCCCGGAGCGGCGUUCCUUUGUUGUUUUGUACAAUCCGAGUAUCUUUCCAACACGUUUGGCUUUAACGGGGUCGAGCACACGAAGCUGAAGUGUGUGUGUGUGUGUGUGUGUGUGUGUGUGUGUGUGUGUGUGUGUGUGUGUGUAAACAUUACAUGGAGGGUCGCUUCAGUCUCCGUGAGCUCAGAGGAAGACAACCGAAUGUUUUCUACAGAUCGUUUUCUAUAAAAACAGAACGAUGUUUCUCGAACGCCGUCUACAAACCGUUUUUAAAAAGGACACGAGUGAAAUAUUGUAAACUUCCCUUGAUAUAGUUUUUUUGUACUUAAUUUCAUUCUGCUGAGCUUUUUUUUUUUGUUGUUGUUGUUGUUUUUUUGGGGGAAUGUACCACAGCUGAAGAGGAGGAGCCGGCUGGAGGCCUCGGCCCGGCCCGGCCCGGUUCUGCUGGGGGUGAACUGUUUGUUCUCUGUGUCUGGACUGAAUGCAUUAUAGAUGUCAAACCAAAAAUAUAUUUGAGAAACACUU